AUGACGUCGCAACCAGAUAUGAACAGUCUUCUGCACAGCAUGCGUGCGCAGAUUCAGGCAUUGACAAGUCAGCUCGCUAAGAUUCAGGCUGCCCCAGCAGCGGAACCUACAGUUGAGCGAAAGUUCAACAAGAAAGUCGAGAUCAUUGCUGACCCCGGUGCUUUUGAAGGAGACCGGGCUCAAUUUGCCAAAUGGUGGAUCAAGCUCCAAAUUUGGAUCAAAGCAAACUGGGAUGUGUUUGCUGAUGAUUUUGAGAUAGCAACUGCCGAGUGCUACACUGUGAGAGUGUGGCCUACCUGGGAUGAUCUCAAAGUCAAGAUUGAAAAAUACUUCAGACCCCAAGCUGAGCAUGACUGGGCACAUCAGCAAAUCCGUACCUUCAAACAAGGAAACAUGAGGACGGACAACUUUGUUACCUGGUUCCUGGCCCUCUCCAUCCAAGGGGGUCUAGGAAAUGAACAUGUAGUAGAGUUGUUAAGGGGCAAUGUAUCACCGGCCAUUGCACGACAACUUUACAUACAAGAUAUGCGGAGCAAGAACCUUGCAGCAGCUGCUGAAGAGGUUCAAAAAAUUGGUAGGGCCAUAGAGCUCUACACUAUGCAGUUCGGUGGCGGGACCACCACCAAAAACAACUAUUCCCAGAGGAGCCCUGGUUCAUCAAACCAAAAACAAAAUCACUCUCAUGGGUUCCAACCAUUUGGGUUGCAACCAGGAUGGGGUGCUCCUAUGGAUAUCAGCGCGGUCCAGGGCGGACAAAAGUGCAGAUUCACCUGCUUCAGCUGUGGGCAGGAGGGGCACAUGGCCCGAGAUUGUACAAAUGGAGCGCGGGCCGCUCACCAAAAAAAUAACCAAGGACGCCAGGCGCGCCAAUUAGAAGCAGAGAAACUGUACGAUCGGCUCCAGACUCUAGCCAGUUGUUUGUACGACGAGAUCCGAGCUUUUUUCUAUGACCAACAUGUCAAUGAAAUGAAAGCUCAGGGAAAAGAGUGA